GGUGCAGAAUGGCAUGCAAGAAUAGUCUGGAGUUAUCAGUCAGUUACACAAAGCAAACAGACAGUUACAACACCGAUAUAUCAGGUAUGAGCUGCAAUCACGAGUGCGGGUGGUACACAUCCCACCCGCUGGUGCUGAUUGGACUGGCAUCUGUAGCUUCAACAGGACCUCAACCAAUAACUUGCCGCAGCCGGGUCUCAUCUUGACCAGGGAUUGUCUAAGCAACAAGUUCCUGGUUAAUGAGCAAUGGGGACCUGAGAUAUACAGUAGGACAAAAUGUAAGUGUAAAUGUUGACUACCAAGUGUAUACCACAAAUCUCUAUGUGAAACCAGGAUGUGUAUCCAGUGGCUGUGAAGGAGUGGAGAAACUCAAGUAUCUCAUACAACAAAAUAGACUUGGCUGUGCCAUUCUUGGUCCAACAUGUACUUAUGCCACUUACCAGAUGCUUUCGUUGCAGGAUAUAUUUGCUGUCCCUGUAAUUUCGGCUGGAAGCUUUGGCCUGUCCUGUGACUACAAACAAUUUCUCACUCGCAUUUUAAUCCCAGCCAGGAAGAUAACAUAUUUUUUUCAUAAGUUUUGGAAAUAUAGCCACCCUGUCAAGCCGCCAUGGAAUUCUGUGUAUAUCUACAAAAGGGAGAACUCCUCGGAAUCCUGCUACUGGUACAUUAAUGCCUUAGAGCCAACUGUGUCCUAUUUCACCGGUGCAGUCAGCUUCAGAGAAACCUUGAAACAAAGCGACUUGAACCGAGUUCUAGAAAGUCCGUACCGGAAAAGCAAUGUGCUACUGAUGUGCGGCUCCCCGGCUGACGUCCAGGCGUUAAUGAACACAGUGAAAGUUCCUGAUCAGAUGGUCGUCAUUCUCAUCGAUCUUUUUAAUCCCCAGUAUUAUGAGAACAGCUCCUCUCUGCCCUAUAUGAAGAAUGUGUUGGUGUUAACAUUGCCUCAGUCAAAUUUUAGUGGAAUAUCUAGUAAUUCUAGCACAAUACUGAUGAAAGAUGACUAUGCAGCUGGAUACUUAGAUGCGGUUCUACUGUUUGGACAUGCACUGAAGACAUUACUCUUGAAAGGAGAUUUAAUUAGGAAAGCCGAUUUAAUCCUCCAAUUUCGGAACACAUCAAUCCAAGGUGCAUUCGGUCCAAUAAUACUGGAUGAGAUGGGGGACAGAGACCUAAACCUAACUCUAUUGUACACCUCUGUGACAACCAAUAAAUAUACAGAUUUUUUACAGUUUGACACAAGGACUAAUGAUACUUCUGUAGUAGACCAUUUACCAUCAUUCAUAUGGAAGAAUCAGAAACUUCCUAGUGAUGUCCCUGAUACUGGACCUAACAUCAUGACAAUCGCAGUCUUCACCCUAACCAUCGCUAUUAUACUUGUUCUUAUCAUUGCACUUCUUGUUUUCAGAAAGUACCGCAAACAACAAGAAAUGAUGCAGAAAAGGUGGUCCCAUAUUGCUCCUGAGAAGAUUUUGCCACUGGAGACAAAUGAGACUUCUCAUGUCAGCUUGAAGAUUGAUGAAGAUAAACGGAGAGAAUCACUACCAAGGCUCCGACGAGGAAAAUAUGACAAAAAGGUUAUUAUUCUGAAAGAUUUGAAACAUGAUGGAAACUUCUCGGAAACACAGAAAAUGGAACUCAACAAACUUCUACAGAUAGAUUAUUACAACCUGACAAAAUUCUACGGAACAGUGAAGAUGGACGCCAUGAUAUAUGGUGUGAUUGAAUACUGUGAAAGAGGCUCGCUGCGAGAUGUUCUCAAUGAUAAAAUAUCCUACCCAGAUGGCACGUUUAUGGACUGGGAGUUUAAAAUCUCUGUCAUGUAUGAUAUUGCUAAGGGUAUGUCCUAUCUACACUCCAGUAAAGCUGAAGUCCAUGGCAGACUAAAGUCAACAAACUGUGUAGUUGAUAGUCGUAUGGUGGUAAAAAUCACUGACUUUAUCUGCAAUUCUAUUCUGAGCCCUAAGAAAGAUUUGUGGAUGGCUCCCGAACACGUACGCCAAGAUGGGGCAUCUCAGAAGGGUGAUGUCUAUAGCUAUGGAAUUAUUGCACAAGAAAUUAUCCUGAGGAAAGAAACAUUUUACACAGAUCAAUGUCAUGAUGUUAAAGAAAAACUUGCAAGAGUGAAAAAUAUUAAAGGAGACUGUCCAUUUCGACCAGACCUUCACUUGGACACAGUAGAGGAACGGGAAAUAGAGGUUUAUGUUCUUGUGAAAACUUGCUGGGAGGAGGAUCCUGAGAAGAGACCAGACUUUAAGAAAAUUGAAAUCACCUUGGCAAAGAUAUUUAGCAAUUUUCAUAACCAGACAAAUGAGAGUUAUAUGGACACCUUACUGAGGCGAUUGCAGCUCUACUCCAAAAAUCUAGAGCAUCUAGUGGAGGAACGCACCAAGCUGUACAAGGCAGAAAGAGAUCGAGCUGACCGAUUGAACUUUAUGCUUCUACCAGGGCCCGUGGUAAAAUCCCUGAAAGAAACAGGAUUAGUAGAACCAGAAUUCUUUGAAGAAGUCAGCAUUUACUUCAGUGAUAUUGUUGGAUUUACUACAAUCUGCAAAUACAGUACACCCAUGGAGGUUGUGGAUAUGCUGAAUGACGUGUACAAAGAUUUUGAUCGCAUUUUAGAUCAUCAUGAUGUCUACAAGGUUGAAACCAUUGGAGAUGCUUAUAUGGUAGUCAGUGGUCUUCCUAAUCGAAAUGGAAAUCGACAUGCGGUAGAUAUAUGCAGGAUGGCUUUGGAUAUUCUAAGUUUUAUGGGGUCUUUUGAAUUGGACCAUUUGCCUGGUUUGCCUGUAUGGAUCCGGAUUGGAAUUCACUCAGGACCAUGUGCGGCUGGUGUGGUUGGAAUUAAAAUGCCAAGAUACUGCCUUUUUGGGGACACUGUUAAUACAGCUUCACGGAUGGAGUCUACAGGAUUGCCUUUACGAAUACAUGUAAGUAAAUCAACCAUUUCUAUUCUGAAGAGGACGGACUGCAAAUUUCAAUAUGAAGUAAGAGGAGAAACUUAUCUCAAGGGGAAGGGUACAGAAACAACAUACUGGCUUACAGGAGAGAAGGAUCAGGAGUACAACCUCCCCAUACCACCAUCUGCGGAAAAUCAACAGCGUCUACAAUCAGAUUUUGCAGAUAUGAUUCAGGGGUCACUGAAUACGAGAGAAGCAGAGGGCUACAAGGAUAGACCACUGACCCGUGUGGCAAGUUAUAGAAGCGGUACAUUGGAAUACCUACAGAUAGCCACAAGUGGUCCACCAAGCACUCAUCUGUAACAGAAGGAUUUACCAAUCGUUGCACUGGACAAAGGCUGAAGUGACAUGGCGAGUUCUAAUGCAAAACAUUUACGUAGACACUUUAGUCUUAGUGAAAGCCAUACAAAUUUACUUACGUGUCAAAAUACCAAAGAUGAUAAGGAUAAGAGAAAAUAGUCGACUUUCUUAAUUAUGUAGAAAUGUAUACACUUCAGUAUAUACUAUGAAAUAAA